GUCCCAUAAAAAUUACAUUUUUGGUUAAUACGUGCUAAUCCCACAUCUAAGCUCACUCCAUUACCACCCCUUUCCUUUCUUUCACCCGUACUUUUAUCCUCUUCUCUGCUCAUAUUACACCAUAUUAUUAACACCCGUCCAAUACAACAACACGCUUUGUCUCCUUUACCAUCAGAUCGCCACAUUCAUCAACCAAUACAAACCAUCAAUCAGCUCAAAUCAUUGGUCAGCUCAGAAAAAAAUUCGAUUUAAAGAAAGAUGGGAAGCAUGAAUCAUGCAGGCACGUAAAUCAAGUAGAAGAAAGAGUAUAAUGAUAGUGGAGAAGGACAGGACACAGGGUGAAAUCGAUAAGAAACCGGAUGAGGCUAGGAAAUUGAGGAAUGAAGAGGGUAAGAACGGUGCUGGGGAUGAGCAUGCGGAUGAUGGAGUGAAUAGUGAGAAGAUAGUGGCUGAGAAGGAGGCUGAAGCAAAGAAGGUUGAGGCGGAGAAGGAUGCUGAGGCUAAGAAGGUUGAAGCUGAGAAGAUAGUGGCUGAGAAGGAGGCUGAAGCAAAGAAGGUUGAUGCUGAGAGGGAAGCUGAGGCUAAGAAGGUUGAAGCUGAGAAGAUAGUGGCUGAGAAGGAGGCGGAAGCAAAGAAGGUUGAUGCUGAGAAAGAAGCUGAAAUUAGGAAGGUUGAGGCUGAGAAGGAAGCUGAAACUAAGAAGACAAUAGCUGAAAAAGCGAAGAAGGAAGAGGAAAUGAAGAAGGAAGAGGAAAUGAAGAAAGAAGAGGAAAUGAAGAAGGAAGAGGAAAUGAAGAAGGAAGAGGAAAUGAAGAAGGAAGAGGAAAUGAAGAAAGAAGAGGAAAUGAAGAAGAAGGCUGCCGUGGGAAUAAAGCCUGAGGGUGCCGAGCAGGAUGAUAAACAGAAGAAGGUGCACUUCGAAGAGCAGAAAAACGAGCAAAGAGACGUAUCCAAGGACCCUUCGAAAUCAAUACAGUCACCCACACAGGAACAAACAAAGCAGCAGUUAGAAAUUAACACAGGUGCCGUGCCUUUAUCAGCGCUCACACCAAACACAGAACUAUUCGUUCUACGAACUACCAAUCGGAUCGUGCUGGAAGGCCCCAUCAGCAAAAGAAUGCUUUUCUUCUCGUGUUUCUGGCACAAGCGAUAUUUCGUGCUUACGAGUGAUGGUAUUCUGUGCUAUUUCAGGUCACUUGAUGGACGGGGCAAAGGAAAACUGAAUUUGAGACAGGUGAACGACGUAAGGAGGAUUAAUGAAGAAACCGGUGGUUCGAACAAGUACAAAAUUGUCUUGCGAUACGACGGGUAUACCGAAAGUAUACGCUUUGAUGACGAACGUAUAAGAGACCAGUGGAACAGCAAGAUCAGAGAAGUUAAGGAUACUUUGAAUGGGUAG